AUGAGGAUUCCCGGCCUUCAUCCCCUCACUGCCAGUCUUAUCACGUCCGUUCUGACCCUCUUUUCAUUGACGAAGAUGACCGCGUCUGUCCCGACCCACAUUCUACACCUGGUUGAUGAUACUGUCAAGCCUGAGCACCAGAGUCUGACAUCCGCAGUUCAAGUUCCCGGUAUUCACCCACCGCAGAAGCGGGACGAAAGGAACUGUAUCAGCGUCUAUCUCUGUACCGAAAAAGACUGGACAGGCGACUGCUACUGGGCCUGUUAUCGGAGGGGCUUGGAGGUACAACUAGAGACCGAGUGGGCUUCCAAGAUCAAGUCGGUGCGUCCCGACCACGACACCAAAUGCAAAUUCUUCUUUGGAACCGAGUGCCGAACUAGACACCAGAGUCAGGAUAUGGUGUAUCCUGGAGGCAACUUUGACGCGAAAAAAAUGGGCAAGCUUAGUACUCUGGGGUUCAACAAUAAGCAGCACAUGAUGAUUAAGGUCGUUUUCGUAUCCUAA